CGACUCUCUUCCUCUCCCCCUGUGCUCCCCCUUUUGCCCAACGACGAGUUCGACGUGCACACACAUACAGUCCCGCCGUCACAGUCACGAUGCAGCCCCUCAAUGUGUUGAUGGUCGGUACCGGCGAGUACACCACCGGCUUUGUCGGCGGUGGUGCCUCUGGGUCGGACAAGAAGGUCGGAGUCGUGGGCUUGACCUUGUUUGACCUCCGGCGACGAGGCAAAGUAGGCAAACUUUCGAUGGCAGGCGUCAAUGGGAAGAAGUUCCCAGCAAUCCGGGAGCACCUCUACAAGAACAUCUCUCUGGUUUACAACAAUCUGGACACCUCGUUUGAAUCUUACCCGGCCGACGAUGUCGUGGACCCCGAGGCAUACAAGAAGGCCAUUGACGCCCUCUCCCCCGGCGAUGCCAUCACCAUCUUCACUCCGGACACGACCCAUUACCCCAUCGCCCUCUACGCCAUUGAGAGGGGCAUCCACGUCUUGAUCACCAAGCCGGCCGUGAAGCUGCUCGAGCACCAUCUUGCCCUGCUCGAGGCGGCCGAGAAGCACGGCGUUUAUGUGUACAUUGAGCACCACAAGCGAUAUGACCCUGCCUACUGGGACGCAAGGGCCCGGGCCCGGAAACUCGGCGACUUCAACUACUUCUACAGCUACAUGUCGCAGCCCAAGUUCCAGCUCGAGACGUUCAAGGCGUGGGCCGGGAUCGACUCGGACAUCUCGUAUUAUCUCAACAGCCACCACGUCGACAUCUGCGACUCCAUGGUGUCCCAGCUGGGAUACGUCCCGGUCAAGGUCUCGGCUUCGGCGUCCAAGGGCGUCGCGGUCAGCAUGGGGUGCCACGAGUCGACCGAGGACACCAUCUCCCUGCUGGUCCAAUGGGAGAAGAAGGACGAUCGGUCCAAGAAGGCCACGGGCGUGUACACGGCCUCGUGGACGGCUCCGCAGAAGGCCGGCGUGCACUCGAACCAAUACUUCCACUACCUCGCCAGGGACGGCGAGAUCACCGUCAACCAGGCCAAGCGCGGCUACGACGUGGCCGAGGACGCCGCCGGCCAGCUGGUGUGGUACAACCCGUUCUACAUGCGCUACGCUCCGGACGAGGACGGCAACUUCAACGGCCAGAGCGGCUACGGCUACGUCUCGUUCGAGAAGUUCGUGGACGGCUGCCGGGCCAUCAACGCCGGCAAGCUGAAGCCCGCCGACCUGGACGCCAAAGGCCUCCCCACGUUGAGGAACACCAUUGCGACGACAGCUAUUCUCGAGGCCGGGCGGCGGAGUAUUGACGAGAACAGGGAGGUCAGGAUCGAGUCCAAGGACGGGGUGUGGAAGCUGGUUUGAGAGCACAGUGCAUUGUGAGAGAACAAGGCUCGGGCGAUCCAUCUGCCCUGUCCUGCUCCCCUUUCCUUCUCUCGGCAUUACGGCUCCGCUUCCCGAAGAACCAGUUACUGAAUGGUUCGAACGGCACGAGAGGACUCGGCCAAAGUGCACAGCCCACAAUCUCGUUAAUGAGAACUGCAAGCUGGUUCAGGUUCAUUCAGGUUCAUCCGAUGGUUGAACGCUGGGAGCGAUCGAGGCUUCUUCUGUUG